AUGCUGAUAUGCAACAUCGGGUGGGAGAUCCGAGACUGCAUAUCGACCACCUUUGCGCCGCCCACAGUGGGCAGCCACAGGCCCUCGGCCACGCUGAGGUUGAACUUGCUGUCGCCGCCGUUCAGGAAGCCGACGUGCCGGCUCAUGAUGCACGCGUUGCGCACCGCGUCCAGAAUGCUGGGGUUGUACCAGCUGGUCUGGGCUCGCGGCCAGCCAGCGCUACGGGCGGAAGAAGUCGACGUCCUCGCCAUAGGUGGGCUUGUGGCGGUGCAUGAUCCACGCAUUGCAGCUGACGAUGAUGUUGCCGGGGAUGUACUCGCCGAGGAUGUGGGCGCCCUCGGGCGGCGUCACGCGCUCGGUCAGCUGCAUGCCCAGGCCGGGCCAACGAUGCUCGCGAACUCCUUCCAGGCGUCGCGGAUGUCCUGUGGGCUAGUGUCAUGCUCGACUUUGGUUACACUAGACAAGGGGAGGGUGGAUGAAGAAGAGAAAGAAGAAGAGGGGGCGGAGGAGGAGAUGCCGCCGUUCGAAGAAGAGAGGCCAAAAGAAGGGAGUUUGCCAAAAUGCGCCGAGAACUGCUCAAAGACGAGGGCUGUUGGCAAGAUUGCGGAAGCCAAGAAAAAGGAAGCAUUUCUACGAAGCAUUGAGGACCGGCCAGACAGCGAUGAUGGCGAGGAUGACUUAGCUCCCUCGCAAACCCCUGGCGAGGACGAUUCUCGUCGGUGA